AUGAGGUUGUAUGGCAUGACACGAAGCCAGCUUGCAGCACUCUUCUGCAUUCUUGCCAUAGUCGUUACCAUAACGCUGCUAGUUGGACUAAAAGCUGGUCUACUUUUCAAGGUGAACGUGACGGUGGAAAUCCAAGUGCAUCCGGAGACCUUUAAUGCAAAGAAGUUGGAAAACACCAACGAACUUGUAUUCUUGAUGUCCCCCAUCCACCGGUCAACGGUGCUAAACUGCAUAGAAGCGGUGUGUGAUGAACUAUUUCUGGUACAUCUGAUCCCGAUCGAUUACACACGUUAUGUCUUCACGGUACAAUUUGAUGGUCUGGCUAACUCUGGUAGCCAAUGGGAAGUCGACCAUCAGCUGUUACAUGUGAUCGAUGUUGAGUUCCACUUCCACUACUGCAACCCGCAAUUCACCUAUCUGGAGCUGAUAUCGCGGUUUGUCUGUUUCACAUUCUCCGAAGUCAGUGCAGUGUUGUUUCUCAGCAGUUUACGAAAUUUCGCUCUUCGGGACUGGACUCUGGAGCAGAAGUAUACAGCGCUGUUGCUACCCUUACUCAUGUUGUUUAACAAUCCAUUCUUUCCCAUGCGCUACUUUACAAGUAGUUGGAUUGUACAGUGGUUGGACAACGUAUUUCAAGCUACCUUCACAGCUGCUCUUCUCCUUUUUUGGAUAUGUCUUUUUCACGGAAUGCGCGCGGUUAGACGCACUGUAUGUGGCUUCUAUUUGCCUAAAAUGGUGAUAGUGGCUGCACCUUGGCUGACCUUUGUUUGGUUCGCAGCUUGGAGUACCCAGAACCAGUACAAAGAUGUGAAGUUCAAUUUAUCACUUGACAUACGAACGAUGAUGUAUACAGGAGCUAUGCUUAUUUGCUUCGGACUAAUCUAUGUAGUCGUGCUACUGAUCUUGAUCUUCCAUGCAUUCGCCGAGUUGGGCUGGCUAGCGUAUAACUCUCUCCGUCUGAAAAUCCUGGUCUCACUAUCAUCCCUAUUGGUUGUGAUAGUCUGUUUGGCCAUCGGCUUUCGUUUCAUCUUCUGGAAUGUAAUAAAAAUAAGCAACUCAACGUUGGACCAACAACGCAAAACAGUGAGACUGGACUCGCCUGCGGUUUUCAAUUAUCGGUACCGAUCAACUGCUGAGUUCUCGCUUGUUUAUGGUAUCGUUAAUGCGUAUGUGGUAGUACUUGCCAUCAUAUAUUCGCCCUCCAGGCGCGCAGUUCACGGUUA